GGCAGAUCGGCCUGGUGAGGUUUUCCCAGGGAGGAGGUUGUACAGUGGUGGGAUGGGGGCAAAGAGGUAACGGGGCCGUGCUGCAGGGAGUGGACUGAGACUCAAUCCAGACAAGACGGAGCUGGGGAUGUCUGGGAGAAAACAAACGAAAGAGCACAUCAAGUGUCCGAGGAAAGCGAUAAGUGGCCCGAUGUAUAGGAGAAUGUUGGGAAUCGAAAUGGGAUAAAUGACCUAGAGAGAAAGGAAAGAAAUAAACAGAGGAGUAAAGGCUUGGAAGCUGACCUCCAUGCAAUGAUGGUAGAACCAACAGCACCUGAAGAAAAGAGAGAGAAGAAAUUGUAUGGAAAAAUGUUUGACUGUCAAUCCACUCUUGAUGCCCAUAGGAAAACUCUCACAGCAAAGGAACGAUAUAAAUGUGUUGAGUGUGGAACGAGUUUCAGGGGCAAUGCUGAGCUUCAUGCCCAUGAAAGAAUUCACACCGGGGAGAAACCAUUUGAAUGUGUGGAAUGUAGAAAAGCAUUUAGACGGAGAGAGGCGCUUAUUGUCCAUCAGAGAAUCCACUCAGGUGAGAAGCCCUAUAAAUGUUUGGAGUGUGGACAGAGGUUUCGCCAGAGCGGUGGCCUUCGAGUACAUCAAACAUCUCACACAGGGGAAAAGCCAUUUAAGUGUCUGGAGUGUGAAAAGAGUUUCGGUCAGGCUUCUCUCCUCAGUCUCCAUCAAAGAAUUCACACAGGAGAAAAACCAUAUACAUGUCUGGAGUGUGGAAAGAGCUUCAGUCGUGGCCCUGACCUUAAGACCCAUCAAAGAAUACACACAGAUGAGAAAGAAUAUGAAUGUCUACAGUGUGGAAAGGCCUUCAGACAGUUAUCUAGUCUUAAUUCCCACCAAAAAACACACACAGAGGAGAAACCAUUUAAAUGUUUGGUGUGUGGGAAGAGAUUCGGCUAUAAGGCUGCUCUUCAAGUACAUCAAAGAAUACACACAGGGGAAAAACCAUUUAAAUGUCUGGAGUGUGGGAAGAGCUUCAGACAGGUUUCUUCCCUUAAUUUCCAUCGAACAACUCACACACAGGAGAAACCGUACAAAUGCCUGGAAUGUGGAAAAAGCUUUGGCCUGGCCUCUCUCCUUGUUACCCAUGGAAGAACACAUACAGACGAAAAACCCUAUAAAUGCUUGCUGUGCGGAAAAAGCUUCAGAAAUACCUCGGCUCUUAAUUCCCAUCAAAGAAUUCACACAGGAGAGAAACCAUUUAAAUGCCUCGAGUGUGGAAAAGCCUUCCACCGGAAGCGUGAUCUUGCUGUGCAUCAGAGGACUGACACAGGAAAGAAACCAUUUGAAUGUUUGCAGUGUGGAAAGAGUUUCAGGCAAAAGAACGCUCUUGUUUCACAUCAAAGAACUCACACAGGAGAGAAACCAUUUGAAUGCCUGGAGUGUGGAAAGUGCUUUAGCCAGAAGAGCACUCUUGUUUCACAUCAGAGAACACACACAGGAGAGAGACCAUUUAAAUGCCUGGAGUGUGGAAAGAGUUUCAGGCAGAGUACAGUACUUAUCUCCCAUCAAAGAACGCACACAGGGGAGAAACCAUUUAACUGUCUGGAGUGUGGGAAAGGAUUUAGUCAGACAGGAGCACUUACUAUUCAUCAAAGAAUACACUCAGCGGAGAAGCCAUUUAAAUGUUUGGAGUGUGGAAAGACAUUCUACCGGAAGGAUGCCUUCCGAUACCAUCAAAGAGCUCACACAGGGGAGAAGCCAUUUCAAUGCUUGGAGUGUGGGAAAAGUUUCAGAGAGCGCGAUGACCUGCUCAACCAUCAAAGAGCGCACACAGGAGAGAAACGAUUCAUCUGUCUGGACUGUGGGAAAGCAUUUAGACGGAAGAGGGCUCUUACUGUCCAUCAAAGAAUCCACUCAGGGGAAAAACCAUUUCAGUGCUUGGAGUGUGGAAAGAAAUUCAGGCAAAAGGGUACCCUUGAAGUACAUCAAAGAAUGCACACAGGAGAAAAACCAUUCAAAUGUCUGGAGUGUGGAAAGAGUUUCAGACAGGCCUCUGCCCUUAAUUUCCAUCAAACAUGUCAUACAGAGGAGAAACCCUAUAAAUGCCUGGAGUGUGGAAAGAGCUUCAACCAGAAUGAUGAGCUUACUUCCCAUCAGAGAAUUCACACAGGAAAUCAACCAUUUAAGUGUUUGGAGUGUGGAAAGAGUUUCGAGGACAGUGCUCACUUUCUAUCCCAUCAAACAAUACAUGUAAAGGGGAAAGCAUUUAACUGUCUAGAGUGUGGGAAAGCAUUUAAUCGGAAGUGGGCGUAUACUGUCCAUCAGAGAAUUCACUCAGGGGAGAAACCAUUUAAUUGCUUAGAGUGUGGAAAGAGAUUCAGGCAAAAAAGUGCCCUUCAAUACCAUCAAAGAACUCACACAGGGGUAAAAACAUUUAAAUGUCUUGACUGUGGAGAAAGCUUCAGAACUACCUCAGCUCUUAAUUCCCAUCAAAGAAUACAUUCAGGGGAAAAACCAUUUAAAUGUCUGGACUGUGGAAAAAGAUUUAGUCAGAGGCGAGCACUUACUAUCCAUCAAAGAAUACACACAGGGGAGAAACCAUUUAAAUGUUUGGAGUGUGGAGAGAGCUUUAACCAGAAGUCUGACUAUACCUCACAUCAGAAAAAUCAUAUAGGUGAGAAAGUAUUGCAGCAUAACAAGAAUUCCAAUCACAGGCAAAACCUUAGUAUACAUCAGGGAACUCACUCCGGAGAAACACCAUUUACAUCCCUUCAGUUUGGGAAGCGCUUCAGGCAGAGGGGUGCCCUUAGAGCACAUGAAGUAAUUCACGUUGGGGAAAAACUAUUUAAAUGCCUGGAGUGUGGAAAGGGAUUCAAUCGGAAGGAUACACUUAAUUCCCAUCAAAGAACUCACAGAGGUGAGGAACCAUAUCAAUGCUUGGAUUGUGAAAAGAGCUUCAGCCUUAGAAGGUCCCUUACAUUACAUCAAAGCACUCAUACAGAGGAGACAAAAUUUAAAUGCUUGGAGUGUGGAAAGAGCUUUGUUCUGAGAGCCUCUCUUACAUUACAUCAAAGAACUCACACAAGGGAGGAACCAUUUAAAUGCUUGGAGUGUGGAAAGAGCUUUAAUCGAAUGGAAUCCCUUACAUCACAUCAAAGAACUCACACAGAGACUUGUUCGGAGGAGGAGGAGUCCGACCCCCCAGAACAGCCCUCUCCUACAGUAGUCCUGGGGCAACAUGAGGGAUCUUGUGGGAGCAAUACCUCCUCUGUGAUUCCCAACACCACAUUCAACCCUGUCCUGAGCCCAGCCAUGAGUCCAAACUCUUUUCCCAUUUCCCAGGUCCCAGUAGAGCACGGCAGGCAGUGUAUCAGGUGGGAUACUCAGAGCCAUGGUGGCAGAGCUGUCCUGACUCCCAGAGUACCAUUUUGUCCAGAGUACACGCACGAGAAAGGGCCUACUCAGGAACAAGGAUCCAUUUAUGUGCAGAAAGAUCUAGAUGGGACUACCAAUGAAACUGACUCAGCUACAUCUCUCAGGGUUAGCCAGAACAUAAACUCUUAGUUUUCCCCAGACUUUUCCUUUGUUAACUGCUCCAAUUGAGCAAUUGGACUCCGUGGACGGGCCCCAGUCAGUAGAAGCUAUUUAAGAGUCUGGAGUAUAAAAAUAGCUAGUGGCAGCGCACACCUCAUAUUUCACACAAGUUAUUUAAUUGCUGUCUUUGCAAGAGAGAAUCCAUAGGAAUGCUCCUAAUCUGAUUGGUCUCAUAAUGUACGUCUUAAGAGACAUCAUUCAGGAAAGCCCAUGGAAUGUUCCAGUUGUAGUAAAAUCUUUUACAAUAGAUCAGAAGUUGUGCGUAGAUAUGCAUCUCACACGCACAAACACGGGCUGUGGAAUGGUGCGUUAGUGAGUAGAAAUCUUUCUUUAAAUGAAAUAGUUUUCAUGGAAACUAUUUCAUUUAAUGGCAUUUAUUUCAUUUAAUGGCAUUUUGGGUGGGUAAAUGAAUGUACAUCCAAAAACCCAUCUAAAUGCCUGGUGUAUGGAAAGAACCUGGAAUAUUUUGUCACCAGACACAUCGGUGAUUA